GAGCCUUGGUCAGUCUGCUGAAUCAAAACAAUGGCCGACUGUCAGGCUAGCAUUUUACUUCUUUUGAUCUAUUUAAGUGUUUAACAGAUGACUUUCACUUACUCUGUGUAAUAAACUCUCACUGGGAUGGAUAGAUGAGUUAAUAAGUGGCUUUUGAAAGAAAACAUUCAGCUGCCAAGCCGCGCUUCUCGCUGCCAAAAUGAGCGAUGUUGUGGAGAAGACCCUGACAGCUCUGCCGAGCCUCCUGUCUUUAGACUCUCAGCCUGGAUCUGCAAAACUGUCCUCCACCUCAAAACUAGGAAACCUCAUCAGAGGUAUCACUGAGCUGACGUCCAAACAUGAGGAGGAAAAACUUAUUCAGCAGGAAUUAGCAUCUAUCAAAGAACAGGUGUCCUCCCCCAACACCUCCAUGAGGCAGAUGAAGGAGCUGAUGGUAAGAGCGAUCUACUGCGAGAUGCUCGGUUAUGAGGCUUCAUUCAGCUACAUUCAUGCCAUCAAACUGGCUCAACAAGGCACCGCUCUGGAGAAAAGAGUUGGUUAUCUUGCUGUGUCUUUGUUUCUGAACGAAAGUCAUGAGCUGCUCCUUCUCCUCGUGAACACCGUAUUAAAGGAUCUUCAGAGCACGAACCUCAUCGAAGUGUGCAUGGCUUUAACUGUCGUAAGCCAAAUGUUCCCCAAAGACAUGAUUCCUGCAAUCCUUCCUCUGGUUGAAGAGAAACUUAAUCACCCAAAAGAAAUCAUACGACGAAAAGCAGUCCUGGCACUGUAUAAAUUCUACUUAAUCGCACCAAAUCAAGUUCAACACAUCCACAACAAGUUCCGCAAAGCUCUGUGUGACAAAGAUCCUGGUGUCAUGACCGCUUCACUACACAUCUACGCACAGAUGAUCCAGGAGAAGCCAGAGGGUUAUAAGGACCUGACAGCAAGUUUUGUCACCAUACUGAAGCAAGUGGUGGGAGGAAAACUGCCCAUGGAUUUUAACUAUCACAGUGUCCCAGCUCCAUGGCUGCAGAUUCAGCUCCUCAGAAUUCUGUCUUUACUUGGGAAAAAUGACCAGAGUACAAGUGAGAUCAUGUAUGAAGUCCUCGACGAGUCUUUACGAAGAGCAGAGAUGAAUCAUAACAUCACCUAUGCAAUAUUAUAUGAAUGUGUAAAAUGUAUUUACACAAUUCAUCCCAAAUCUGAUCUUUUGGAAAAAGCUGCAAAGUGCAUCGGCAACUUUGUUCUCUCGCCAAAGAUUAAUCUCAAAUAUCUUGGCUUGAAAGCCCUCACCUACGUGGUCCAGCAGGAUCCUAAACUGGCCCUGCAGCAUCAGAUGACCAUCAUUGAAUGUCUCGAUCAUCCAGACCUCAUCAUCAAGCGCGAGACACUGGAGUUGCUCUUUCGCAUCACUAAUGCCCAGAAUGUCACAGUCAUUGUCGAGAAGAUGCUGGAUUUUCUGCGCAUCAGUGAAGACGACUACACAACCAUUGACCUGGUGGGGAAGGUGGCAGAGCUGGCAGAAAAAUAUGCCCCAGACAAUGAGUGGUUCAUUGAGACCAUGAACACGGUGUUUUCAGUGGGUGGAGACAUGAUGCAGCCUGACAUCCCAAACAGUUUCCUUAAACUGCUGUCUGAAGGGUUUGACAGCGUGGAGGAAGACAAGAAGUUGAGGCUGUUUGCUGUGGAUUCAUAUGUUUCUCUGCUGCAAGGAGAGCCAGAUAAACUGCCACAACGCUUCCUCCAAGUCAUAAGCUGGGUCCUCGGUGAAUACUCCUAUUUGAAGGAGGAACUUCAACCAGCCACAGUCCUGAGGCUGCUGUCCAAACUGUUGGACAUGAAGAACACCAGCAGUGAAACAAAGAGCUGGAUCCUCAUGGCGAUGACCAAGCUCUGUGACGGUGAGGCAGGUGUGUCUGUGGCUCAGGAGGUUUCUGAAACAUACAGCAGCUCCCUGGACACAGCGCUGAGACAGAGGGUUCAUGAGCUGCAGUACCUCAGCCAGAAUCCUGAGCUACGAAGCAAGGUUCUACCUCGGGACGCCGGCCUGGAACCCCUGGAGGUGGAUUCCUCUCUAUCAUUUCUGGAUGGAUUUGUGUCAGAGGCGUUGGCUGCUGGCGCUGCUCCAUACAAGCCUCCUCAUCAAAGGCAGGAGGAACUAGCUCAGGCAAAAGCGUUGAGCCUGGAGCCAUACGGCCUGUCCCUGCCCAUCAGCAUUUCCUCCUGCAGCAUUGCAGACAGACAGUCUCCUACACUGUUGUCCAUCAGCUCUGGGCUGUCAGGCGAUAGCACCGACCUCUCACUUAAAGGAGGCUCUACAACUCUGAAGCUGGAUGGUGUGAAGAGAGUGUGGGGGAAGGAAGGCUACCUGGCGCAGAGGGAACCUCUGGAGGAGGCAGCAGCUCAGGUUGAGGUUCCCAGUCCACUGCGGUCACCCAGCCAGACGGGAGAGGCUGAUAAUUCACACAGCCAGACUCCCAUUCCGAUACCGACCCCUGAGCCUGAACAAGAGAAACAGCAGCUGGCCUCUUCGCUGUUCGUCGGCCUGAGCUCCCACAGCUCUGUGUCACUGAUGGGAAAAUCAGAGCCGACACCCCAGAGAUUCAGGAGAAAAGCCAAAAGUCCGAGCUCGUCCUCGGAUGCCAGCGAGCGAAUCUCCAACUCCCUCGUCUCUUCCACGAGCGCGGUGGAUAACUUGCUGUGUGACACCCUCCUUGACACCUCAGAGCUGGCUGUUCCUUCACCCUCACUGACAUCCCAGCUUUCUCAGAGCCUCACUACUGCAAAUGGCACCUGUGAUGUACAGUUAACUGAUGGUGGCGCAAAGGGAAGUAGCCCCACCCUUGUUAGGGAUAAUGGUGUUGCUGGACCUGCUGAUUCAACUCCACACAAAGACCCGGACAGGCCUAAAGACUUGUGUCUAAGUUCUCAUCUUCCUGCAGAGCUUGCUGGACUGUCCCACUCUGAAAUCACUCCUCUGUGCUCCGACCAAAGCCUGGAUCUCUCAGUCUGUCAUGUGCAGAAAGAGGCGUAUUUAGCACUGGUUAUUUUCAUGUACAACUCCUCUUCCUCUGACAUUCAACAGAUACUACUUGAAGUUGAUUCUGAUGAACUUGAGGUGUCCUGUGUGUGUGACAGUGCAGUGCAGGAGGUGAGAAGCCUCAGCGUUGCAGCGUGUCAGUAUUCUCUAACAGUGAAGAGGCCUUCAGUCCACGUUGAGGUGGUUGGGAUUGUUUCGUACCAGUUGCCUGUUGGGACGGAUCAGUCAGUGCAGUUCUCACACAAACUGCCUCUAACCAGCUUUAUCAGACCACUGACUGUGUCCACGGAGGAGUACGGGAAAAUGUGGCUGGACUUCUCCAACGAUACAAAGCAGAACCUGACGCUGAUAAGUGACGGGCAGGAGUCUCUCACAGCCACUCUGAAUGUGCUGAAGAAGAAACUUCAGCUUCAUGUCGUGGAAGUCAUAGGUGUGGAAGGGAUUGUAGCUUGCCGGCUCCACCAGGAUCAGCCAUGUCUGAUGCACUGUCGUGUACAUGCGGGAACACUGGCGGUGUGGCUGCGCUCUCCAGUCCCUGACCUGCCCGACUGCCUGAUCUACCACUGUCAGAGAGCUUUACAGGAGCACUAAGCCUCGACUGCAGUGCCACCACUGACGAUACUGAGCAACACCACCUACUUACCCACGGAGGGUACACAGAGCAGAAAUGCAGAACAGAACAGGAGACAGCGCAGAGCGUCUGAUGUUGUGCAUUCUCAUCUUUAUAUCGGAGUGUUUACCAUUUUUCUCUCUCUUCCACUAUACACGCAAUUUCUUUUCAACUAUUAGAAUGGUGGACUUAUUUAUAGGAUCACAAUUGUUUGAAAAUCAUGGUUGGAAAGAAGCUCGGGGCCAAGAGAUUAUGUUGUAGCAUUCUGUGUGAUGUUUCAGAAAAACACUUAUGUCUUAAAAUGAUGACAGGGCUCCAUGAGGACUUGAAAACUUGACUGAGUGAAAUUAAUACUAAAUACGAUAUUCUCAGUAUAAGGGGAGACUCAUGUAUGCCUCCAGUUAUUUUUUUGUGGGAUAUCUGACUUUGAAGUAUUUACCAGCUGCGACAGUAUCUGCUUGUAAUGUUUUUUGACCCUGUGAGUCUGUGUGUUUCGAACAUAACAGUCAUUACAGUGUUCAUUUGGAUUUGAGUCUGACAAAAACAUAAAUGUUAAACUCAAUUAUUCAUUUAGCAUCUUGAAGCAUCAAGCUCAUCACUUCUGACUGAAGCAAUAAUCAGUGAAAUGAAAAGAACGUACCAAAUUCAUUGUUCAUUAUCACUCAUAUGAACUUGGACAAACCAUUAUAGGAGAAUUUAAAGUACACUAAACGCUUCAAGUAACAUCCGGAGGAAAGCUGCUUUUCAAGAAACCUGCUCGUCUUCACUGCUGAGUACAAAGAAGUUUACAUCCUGUUUGGAUCAUGCUGACAUUAACCUCUGACUGCAGCAGUUACAUGUAUUUCUUACAUCUCUGAUGAAAGUAUUUUGUGUUAAUGUAUUGGUGAGGAUCUCACUGCACUGUUCACGUUGCUCAUUUGUCAUCAUGAUGAGAAGCAUUUCAGUUUUCAUGUUUUGCAGAUGCUGCCUUCUUUCUGUGUGACUGAUUAUCUAUGCACUCAUGUGUCUAGUCCGUCAGUUUGGGUGAGUGGUAGAUUUUAGUGGUCUUUGAUUAUUAUAUUUUUGUAUCGAUGCAGUAUUAAAUACGUAUUUAUUGGAUUUAUAUUCUUACAGAAAAUAUUUUAUAUUCAUUUCUCUGAAAGAAAAAAAGGAAUCCUUGUGCUCCAUGUACUGUUUGAUUGUGCUGUUUCAGGUUUGAUUUGGCUCGGCCUGUUUUAUUUAAUUCAGCCUGAGGGAAAGUUUACCUUGCUCUUUUUUUUUUUUGCUUGUGUUCUGAUUUGAAGCACAGCGGGAAGCUUACAAUGUGUCCAAAUCUCAACUUUAACCUAACGCCUUAUGUUCUAAUGCCAAGGUGGCGUGUUUGAUUUGUGCCUGUGGUACAGCUUGUUUCUUAGAGUGCCUGUCACUACAUUCUGCUAACUUAAUAAAUUCAACAUGUGUAAAUUCA